CUACUAGAUGCUCCUUCACGAUGGCACGUGAGAUUCCCCCUCCCCCUUUCCCCAAAAAAAGCAACCCACAAAAGUUCAUUCCAAACGAAAACAACAAGCUCUCCCCUUUCCCCCAAAAUCACUUCCAUUACUCUACUCAUCACUGACUCAUCAUUUCUUUCUUUCUCCUCCUCUACCUACUUCUUCACAGAUCUUCAAUGGAGAUCCCAAUAUUCAGCAGGAGCUUUACAAUGGAUGAAAAAGAGGGUCUUCACGGUACCAAUUUCUCGCUGCAAUCGCUUAGUUACUGUGAACUAUGGCCAAGGGCCUGUUUUUGCCCUUGUGGAAGAAGCUUCUCAAUCCCAAUGUCUUAUUCUGCACUUUCUGAAUGGGUGGACUUUGUUGCUAGAGAAUCUGAUCCCCUCAUCUCAUAAAAAGUAAUUUUCUUUUCUCACCGAUGCUUCUUCUUCUGUCCUUUGGCAUAUUUUUUUUUUCCCUCUCCGUGACAUCAUUUCAAAUUUUCAAUGCUUAAAUAUAUGAUAAUGGGUGUGAAAAAGGAUGUGUUUCUCUUCAACUUUCUCCAUUCUCUGACUAAUAUCACCCCUCCAGACAGUUGCUUACCUUUGGGGCUCUAAUCCAUAUCUAUAGUGUUUAUGUCUAUCCCACUGAAAAAGAAACUUGGAUUCCAUAUAGUUUGGACAAACUCUAAAAUGGGUUGUGAUCAAGUACAUCAAACCGUGUGGUUAAAGUGUUGAUAUAAUGAAAUGAGGUUUUUGUAUGGAUGAUCCAUUUCUAGAGGCAUUAUUGUAGAAUAAUCCAAAUCCUAAAAAACGAAUGAAAGCUAACCUUCGGUUGACAUUACAGAGCACUAUCGCGUUAGAGGGACAUCUCUCCCAUUGCAAAAUAAUCGAAGCCGUAACACAAAAUUCAUUUCAAUCAAGAUUUUUUUAAGUCAAUGGCUAUAUAUAUAUAUUCAACAGUUGACCAACGGAUGAUUAAAAAUGAAAAGAGCAUGAGAGCUCCGACCAUUUCACAAUGGAUAAGACGUCCCUUAUACGAUAUUGCAUUCCAAGCGGUGGAGUGAUGUACGUAGAAGGUUAGUUUUCAUUAGUUUUUGAGGAUUGGAUCAUUCCGCAUGAAUGCCGUUGGGAUCGGGUCAUCCGUACAAAAAUCUCGUAAAUUACCGUUACCCUGUUUUAGUUUUGAUUGUUUAUUAGAGAGGGAAGUUUUGGGUUCAAAUUAUGAAUUCCCGUAAUGUCAUUUAUCGUCCGAAUUAGUAUUGAUUUUUCACUUGUUGGGCUUUCUAUAAAUUUUCAAGUCCAUAAAUGAGGAAGAGAGUUGAAAGGUUGAUAUAAUAAGUUUAGAGUUGAUAAAGUGAUUUAACAUAAAUAUGUAUUUGUCUUCAAUAAUAUGAUCCAUUUCUUUCUCUUGUUCUGCAUCACCCUGAGGAGAAAUUUCUGGUGAUGUUUGUUUUGACUAUGUUUUAUGUUAUGUUCUUCAAGAAGAUAAGGUUAAUUCACCCAUCAUUUUGAGACUGCUUUCAUUGGACAGAUAGACUUAUUUGAAUAAGAUUUUCACUUGUUUCACGCAAAGAAUUUUUGUCUUUCUUUAUUAAAUUAAUUAAGAUUCUUUUUUAUUAGAUUAUGAAAAGUAAACCCAUUCAUUUUCCCUUAAUCCUAAAUAGAAACCCCAUCAAGAAAUUUUCAUUUGUGAUCACAUUUUACUUGUAUGACGUUCUCAUAUUCUGGUUUGGUUUAUACUUUAGUACCUUUUAUCAUAAUUCAUUCUAAAUUUUCUUUUUAGAAUAAAAAAAAAUUCCCCCUUUUGAAGGAAAAAGGUAGAUUUAUGCCAUUAUCUGAAAAAUAACCCUGCAAAUUCAUAUUGAUUUUAUUUCCAGUGUUUGAGACAAGCUGAGAAGGCUAUCUCUGCUUUAUUUUAUUCCUUUGCUUUUUUACUUGUAUCCAAUUGCUGUUUAAUAGCCUUUAAACAAAAUUCUGUCCAACAGAAAAACUAUGCUCUUUCUUGGCUCCAGAAAGAAUAAUGUAGGGGACAAUUAAUUUUCCGGUGAUAUCUUCAAAAUAUGGAAUUUGGAAGUCUAGGCUACUGUUGGACCAUAAGUAGUCUUCUCUGAAUUGAAAUCUCUGUUAAUCUUGUUUAGAAUGAAGGAUAUACUUGUAAAUACUUAAAUUUGAUUUUAUUAUCUUGGAAACAUUGUUUACUUAAUAUAGUUUUCAAUAUUCUUGUUAGAAAUACUGACCCUUAAUUGCUUUUGGAGCUAGAAGAUCCAAAAUUUAGGAGAAAAUGAAGGGAAAAAAUGGAAAGAAGAUAUGGUAUGCCAUUAUGCAUCCAAUUCCUUAGUUUUGGGAAAUAAAAUUCAUUUCUUUUUGUGGAGCUGUCACUUAGCUUAUUCGAUUUGGUCGAGAUUCUUGGAUGUUUUCGAACUCUCUUUCGCGUGGAGUAGAAUUGCUGGCUAUGAUUGAGGAAAUUUUGUUGAGAACUUUCCCUUUGGGGGGAAGGUGAAAAUCCUUUAGUAGGUUUAUCUUUUGGUUGUUAUAUAGAUUUAGUUUGAAAGGAAUCAUAGAAUUUUUCGAGGGGUUGAACAUGCUGUUUCUUUUUUAAUUCCUGUAAAUUCUUUUUCGGUUUCUUAUGAAAAAGUAGUUAUUUCUUAAUUUAAUUGUAAUUUCAAAGAACCCAAGAUCUUACAAUUCACAUAUUUGGCAAGUAAAUGGAAAGUCCCAAGACCACAAUUCCUUGAAAGUGGAUAAAGAAAGCAAAUAAGAAGUUGACCGUUGAAGGGGAUGGUUCCCCUUUAAUUCCUCUCCAUUUCUCAUUUACUUAUUUAAUGAAGCUCUGAAUUUAUCAUUGUUAGAUAACCAUUCCAAAUUCAAAUGGAUUGUUGAGAAUUAACACAAGUUUACAAAGAAAAGUACCUCAAAAAGAUUAAAAACAGCAGAAAUAGAAGAUGAGAGAAACAGAAACCACCAUUGUUGGGAUUAAACUGCUAAUGAUAUUUGGUUUUGUGAUGAUAUUUCCAACCCUGAAGGCUAAUAUUGCAGAUUUUGAUGAGGUAUGGCAGAAAAGAGCUGAAGAAGCCAAGAAGGCUUCCUUUGAGGCCUACCAACCCCAUCCAGAAGAAGUCACUAGUAAUUUCAACAAGCAAGUUCAUAAAUCCUUAGAUGGUGCAAAUAACACAAGGAGACAUUUGAGGAAGUACAAUGGUCCAUGUUUAGCGACGAAUCCGAUUGACCGUUGCUGGAGAUGCGAUAAACACUGGGCUAAAAACCGCAAGAAGCUAGCUGAUUGUGCACUUGGCUUUGGUCGUGGAACAACUGGAGGCAAAAAUGGAAGGAUUUACGUGGUUCGAGAUUCAAGUGAUAACGACUUGCUGAAUCCUAAACCAGGAACCCUACGCUAUGGCGUGAUACAGGAUAGACCACUUUGGAUUAUAUUUGCACAUGACAUGGUGAUUAGGCUAAGUGAGGAGCUUAUAAUGACUGAUAACAAGACAUUAGACGGUCGCGGUGCCAAUGUGCACAUCGCUAAUGGUGGUCAACUUACUCUACAAUUUGUGAAGAAUAUAAUCAUCCAUAAUCUUCACAUUCAUGAUAUCAAGGCUGGCAAUGGAGGCAUUAUAAGAGACUCGGUGAACCACUAUGGAUUCCGAACACCGAGCGAUGGCGACGGAAUCUCGAUGUUCGGAGCCUCAAAGGUUUGGAUAGACCAUGUUUCAAUGUCUAAUUGUCAAGAUGGACUAAUAGAUGCAGUCAUGGCAUCUACUGGCAUUACCAUUUCCAACUGUCACUUCACCCGCCAUAAUGAUGUGAUUUUAUUGGGUGCGAGUGAUAGCUACUCAAAUGAUCAGAUAAUGCAGGUAACUCUUGCAUUUAAUCACUUUGGUAAAGGGUUGGUGCAAAGGAUGCCGAGAUGCCGAUGGGGGUUCAUCCAUGUAGUCAAUAAUGACUACACUCACUGGCUUAUGUAUGCCAUCGGCGGCAGCCACAACCCCACCAUUAUCAGCCAGGGAAACCGAUUCAUUGCCCCACCAAACCCAAAUUCCAAAGAGGUGACGAAAAGGGCGUAUGCAUCGGAAAGUGAAUGGAGAUCUUGGAACUGGAGGUCAGAGGGAGAUCUGAUGUUGAAUGGAGCUUUUUUCAUCCAAUCUGGUAACCCCAUCAGAAGAUACUCCAAGAAAGAUGUUAUCCAUUCAAAACCCGGGACCUUUGUCACCAGGCUAACACGAUUCGCUGGCCCUCUGAAAUGCAUAAAAAACCAGCCCUGUUAGUGAAAUUGUUUACUUGGCCAUGUCAUGGUAUGUCUAUAAACUACUCAAAGUUCAACCGAACCCUGUAAGCACCAGAGGUUUAUAGUAGUAAAGAUUUAGAUAGAAGAUCUACAGAACUAUGACAGCUUUUGCCGUUAUGAAGUUUUGUGAAUCACUUGUGUGAUAUAAUGUAUUGAAAUAAUAUUGGUUAUCCAUCUUUUGAAAGUUGUCUCUUUUCCUUAUCUAUUUUCCUUCCAUUAUUUUGGUGAAGUUAAUUCAGCAACAUGCAAUUGAAAUAUUAUGUAUAUAUAUGGAACCAAUGGUAAAUGAAAUAGAUGGU